ACACAAACCCCUUAAGAGAAACACAAACAGAAAAAAAAAGGAAGAGAGAGAUUAGUUAUUAACUUAUUCAUAAUACGUACGUAAUUACUUUUUCUUGUUAGUAGUCGACUAGUAACUAAUAAUGGGUUACUGCGAUGGUAAAUGGACACCGGUGAUUAUUAUGGUUCUGAUUAACUCGGCGCUGGGUUUAGGUAACGCUUUGGUUAAAAUAGUACUCGAUGGUGGUGUUAACCAUAUGGUUAUCGCAACAUAUCGUCUUGCUAUUUCCACCGUAUUUUUGGCACCAAUCGCAUUUUUUUGGGAACGGAAAACAAGACCGAAACUUACGAUGAACAUCUUGGUUCAGCUUUUCUUCAGUGCUCUUGUUGGGGCAAGUUUGACUCAGUAUUUCUUCCUAUUGGGGCUAUCAUACACAUCGGCUACGUUAGCUUGUGCUUUUAUUAGCAUGACACCUGCGGUUACAUUCGUUAUGGCUCUAAUAUUCAGGGUAGAGAAGCUAAACAUGAAAAGCAAAGCAGGUAUGGGGAUGGUGAUGGGUGCUUUGAUAUGCAUAGGAGGAGCUUUAUUAUUCACAAUGUACAAAGGUGUUCCCUUGACAAAACUUCACAAACUCGAAACCCAUCAGUUGAUAUACAAUAAAACAGCAAUGAAACCCGAAAAUUGGAUAAUCGGAUGCGCACUUCUCUUUGCGGGUAGUAGCUGUUUCGGAUCGUGGAUGCUGAUACAAGCCAAAGUGAACGAGAAAUAUCCUUGUCAAUACUCGAGUACUGUUGUGUUAUCCUUCUUUGGUACCAUCCAAUGCGCCCUUCUAAGCCUCAUCAAAUCUCGAGAUAUCACGGCUUGGAUCCUCACAGAUAAACUUGAUAUCAUUACAAUUAUUUACGCCGGAGCGGUAGCACAAGGAAUAUGUACGGUGGGAACGUCUUGGUGUAUCAGAAAGAGAGGACCUAUCUUUACUUCUAUUUUUACCCCGGUGGCGCUUAUAUUCGCAACUCUAUUUGAUUUCUUGAUCCUUCAUCGUCAAAUUUUCCUUGGAAGUGUUAUCGGAUCUGGUGUUGUAAUCUUCGGACUAUACAUAUUCUUGUUGGGAAAAGUCAGGCUAAUGAAGGAAGAGUGUGAAAAGAAGUUACCUUGUCGUUUUAAUGAAGAAGAAGGAGAAGAUGAUGAACAAUACAAAAAGGGUCAUCUUAUGGUUGUUCCAAUGACUCCUUGAUUUGAUUAUACUUUUUCUUUUUGUUUUUUCUUCACUUCGUACAUUAUUUUGUAAU